GGCCUGGUGUCCUGGACUGCCUGGUGCUACUUCUUCUACACCCAAUGGGUGGCCACUGCCUCCUGCUUUCCACCACCUCACACCGCUUUGUACCUGUCUCCUUGCGGUUAUGCACCCCCAUUACAGGGCCUGGUUUUAUGGACUGCCUGCUGCUACUUCUUCUAUACCCAAUGGGUGGCCACUGUGGCUCGCACCUUUGCUGCCUCACUGACUCCCAAUAGCCCUGUGCUGGACGAGCUAAAAUGGUAG